UGUCUAGGGUUUGUUCACAAGCAAGAUAUGUAGCACAUGAGAAAGUUGUAAAUUCUGUGGACAGUGGAGGCGCUUACAGGGCGCUGAGUCUUCAGUGAAGGAACGUUUCAGCAGCUUUGACAACGUUUUUGGGUUGUCUUGUAAGGAUUGAUCGAAGGGAAAGGGCCUGAAUGCAUAGGCCCCGCACUGCUCGCCAAGUUGCUGCUUGAGUAUUAAGCUUCAAGGGUCUGGUAGGCUCUCUAGCAGAGGAAACAUGAUGGCGCUUGCGGGCAUCAUUGAUCACAUGACACUGGCCCGAGAGUACGCACUACUCGGACAGUAUGACACAGCUCUUGUCUGCUUUGACGGGGUCAUAUCGCAGAUCAACAAGCACCUGCGCAGCGUAGACGACCCCUACAUUCAAUCCAAGUGGCUCAAGUGCAAGAAAGACCUCACCGAGGAAUUCAAUCUAGUCAAGCAGCUUGACGUGGCUCGCAUGGCUUUCCGCGAGCCCCCAGGCUUCGCCCGAAACACGUCUCCCCGUCCUGGGGGGGUCCGCCAGCAGCUCCAGUUCCCCCCCGAACCUUUGUAUCAGCCAGCUUCCCCCCCUGAAGAUCCUGACGUGUGGCGCCCCCCCACCAGAGAUCCUUGGUCUGCUUCUAAGAGCCGGGGGGGCCGGAGUGCGAGCGCUUCAGGUGUUAGUCCGGGGCCGAACAUUCGGAGGGGGGAAGGAGACUGGGGGGGUAGGCGAGACUCUGAAGGGAGGUCGCAGGCAGGAUCACGGAGGGCGGGCGAGAACAAAGCGGGGGCAAAUGGGAAGGGGCGGGGGGCCCCCGGGGGCGCGACGCCUGGGAAAGGGGGGGCGGCUGCCAAGGAUAAUGGGACCCCUCAGAAAGGAAGCGUGCACGGAGCGCGGGAGAGGAAACCGGCUGUGCCCAGGCGGGAGGACGGGACGAAAGACAAGACGCCCCCUCGGGCAGAACCUGGGGUUUCGGACAACGACGAGAAGCCGGUGAAGACGCACAAGUACGAGGGCCCCGACCAAGAGCUGGCCGCGAUGCUGGAGCGCGACGUGGUGGACACGUCCCCCGGUGUGAAGUGGGACCACAUCGCGGGGCUGACGGAAGCCAAGCGGCUGCUUGAGGAGGCGGUCGUGCUGCCGCUCUGGAUGCCCGAGUAUUUCCAGGGCAUCCGGCGACCUUGGAAGGGCGUGCUCAUGUUCGGCCCCCCCGGCACGGGCAAGACGCUGCUGGCCAAGGCGGUGGCCACCGAGUGCGGCACGACCUUCUUCAACGUCUCGUCCGCGACGCUCGCGUCCAAGUGGCGCGGCGAGAGCGAGCGCAUGGUGCGCUGCCUCUUCGAGAUGGCGCGCGCGCACGCGCCCAGCACCAUCUUCAUCGACGAGAUCGACUCGCUCUGCACCUCGCGCGGGGCUGCCGGGGAGCACGAGGCGAGUCGGCGCGUAAAGUCGGAGCUGCUCGUGCAGAUCGACGGGAUCAAUAGCACGCAGGUUCCGGAGGGCGAAGAGAAAAAGAUCGUCAUGGUGCUCGCCGCCACAAAUUUCCCGUGGGACUUGGACGAAGCGCUGCGGCGGCGGUUGGAAAAGCGCAUCUACAUCCCGCUGCCGUCGGCGGAGGCGCGCAAGGACCUGUUCCGGAUCAACCUGUCGGGGCUUGAGACUGCGAGCGACGUGGACAUGGACGAGCUCGCGAAGCGGACGGAGGGCUACAGCGGAGACGACCUGACCAACAUCUCGAGGGACGCGUCAAUGAAUGGCAUCCGGCGGCGGAUUGCAGGCCGGCGGCUCACCCCAGAAGAGAUCAAGAACAUGUCUAAGGAGGACAUGUCGGAUCCGGUGUCUAUGAAGGACUUCGAGGAAGCGCUAGCUAAGAUCCAGCCCAGCGUGUCGCACGCCGACAUUGAGCGCCACGAAAAGUGGCUGGCGGAAUUUGGGUCGAGUUGAUCUGGUGCGCAUGAAGUCUGCGCGUCUUUUCAUGACGCGAUGAUGUCAGAAGAAUGCUGUUAUCAUUGUGGACUUCCCAAGAUUUGACUUGACCCUCGGUCUUGAUCGAGAACAACCUGGACAAUUUCGAUAAACCCGCAGCCAACUUCUGCUACGAUCGAUGACCGCCUGGGUAGCAACAGAACACGUACAUCAUCAUGUGGAC